UGGCUGGGAUUUAGGGACUUUUUGGUGGAGCAAUUACUAGCCAAUUUCAGGGCAGUAUGAUAAAUUCUGAUUUGGGGAAGAGCUAAGACUGUAGAGAGCCAGGCAGCUUCAUUCCUUGAGAAACUACCCAAGGCAUCACCAUAGAAUCUUCUCCUUCUUCCUCAGCUACUGCAGCAGAAAAGUGUCAGAGAGGCAGCAGCUGGUCAUGUUCCUCCUAAGAGCUCCACAUCGGCCCCUUGGUAGAAAACAGGAGACAGCCGCCUGGUCCUUCUCUGGGCUGUGGGAAGUCUCUGAUCCAACUCUGUUCCGGGUGACCUUGGUCACUUCUCUGCUGGCCACUGUUCUUGGAGACUGUGGUCCUCCACCCAUUUUACCAUUUGCUUCUCUGGUAAACCAGCCAAAUGAGACAGAGUUCAAAACUGGAAGUACUCUGAAAUACACCUGCCGCCCUGGCUACACUAGGACCAGUUCAAAUCAGAUUGUUACCUGUAGACAGGGCCGAUGGAGCUAUGGUAGCUUCUGCGUCAAGAAACGGUGCAGAAACCCAGGAGAUUUACCCCAUGGGAACGUGCAAGUGAAGACAGAUUUCUAUUUUGGAUCACAAAUCGAAUUCAGCUGUUUAGAAGGAUAUAACUUAAUUGGCUCAGCCACUAGUCAUUGUGAGGUCCGAGAUAAGGGAGUUGACUGGAGUGACCCUUUCCCACAGUGUGAAAUUGUCAAGUGUGAGUCCCCUCCAGACAUCAGCAAUGGGAAGCACAGUGGUGGAAAAGAAGACAGCUACACAUAUGGCUCCUCUGUCACCUACAGCUGUGACCGCCGCUUCUCGCUCAUAGGCCAGGCCUCCAUUUCCUGCACGGUGGAGAAUAAAACCAUAGGUGUCUGGAGCCCCAGCCCUCCUACCUGCGAACAAAUCAAUUGUCCUCAGCCAAAUGUGCCACAUGGAAGUAUUAUCUCUGGAUUUGGACCCAUCUAUUCUUAUAAAGACACUAUUGUGUUUAACUGCCAGAAAGGUUUUAUUCUCCAAGGCAGCAGUUUAAUACAUUGUGAAGCUGACAAAAAGUGGGAUCCUCCUCCUCCUACUUGUGAGCCCAAUAGUUGUACUGACUUACCAGAUAUUCCACAUGCUUCCUGGGAUGGCUAUCCUAAGCCAACAAAAGACCAACUGCAUGAUGUUGGGACUGUGUUAAAAUACCACUGUCUUCCUGGCUACAAACCCGCCGUGGAUGAGCCUACAACUGUGACUUGUCAAAAGAAUCUGAGUUGGACCCCCUACAAAGGGUGUAAGGAGUUAUGUUGCCCCAUACCACAGCUAAAGAAUGGUGAAAUCACUCAACAAAGAAAAUAUCGUCACGCCAAUAACUGCACGUAUUUCUAUGGAGACCAGCUUUCAUAUUCAUGUCCUGGGUUCUCAAGACUUUCAGUUACAUGCCAGUCAGAUGGCACAUGGAGUCCCCGUACACCAUCCUGCGGUGACAAUUGCCAUUUUCCUCCUACUAUUGCCCAUGGACAUCAUCGACGAGUUUCUACAUACAGCAUAUUCAGAGAAGACGUUAUUUAUGAAUGUGAUAAAGGAUACAUUCUGGUUGGACAGGCAAAACUCUCCUGUAGUUCUUCACUCUGGACACCUUCAGCCCCUCAAUGUAAAGCUGUGUGCGAGAAACCAGAAAUAGCCAAUGGAAAGCUGUCCGUGGAUAAGCAUCAGUAUGUUGAACUUGAAGGCGUCACCAUCCACUGUGACUCUGGCUAUAAUAUAGUGGGUCCCAAAAAUAUCACUUGCUCAGAGAACAGAACCUGGGACCCAGCAAUGCCCAAGUGCGAGUGGGAGGUCGCUGAAGGCUGUGAGCAAGUUCUCGCAGGCAGAAAGCUCAUGCGGUGUCUGCCAAGCCUAGAGGAUGUGAAAAUGGCCCUAGAGGUGUAUAAACUGUCUCUGGAGAUUGAACUACUGGAACUACAGAGAGACAACGUAAGACUGGCCACGCAGGAGAAAGAACUGUAACUUUCCAAAAAGAGGGAGGAGAAAGGUACCUUGCUGGCUUGCCUCCUAUGAUCCAAUACACAUCACUUCAUUUGGGCACAGCUACUUUUGCUUUGGCACUGAAACUAAUUGUAAGAAAUAUUUAGAAAUGAUAAUUUGUGAAAGUUUAGUGCUGUAAGAGUGUAUGUAGAAUUACCGAUCAUCUUGUGGCUCAUGUUUUCGCUUUUUCUGGACACAAAGGGGAUGUUAUUUUCGAUUAAAAAUGUACAUACCAAAAAAAUA